AUGGUGAGGGAGACAAAAUAUUAUGAUAUUCUAGGUGUUGCACCAACAGCAACUGAAAGUGAGCUUAAAAAAGCUUAUAGGAAAUUAGCGCUAAAGUAUCAUCCGGAUAAAAAUCCGAAUGAAGGUGAACGGUUUAAAGCCAUAUCGCAAGCUUACGAGGUUCUUUCUGAUCCAAAAAAGCGACAAAUUUACGAUGAAGGUGGUGAAGAAGGGUUAAGUGGAGCUGGUGGUGGCGGAAACUUCCACAAUCCAAUGGAUAUCUUCGAUAUGUUUUUCGGAGGGCAUUUUCGAGGGGGUGAAAGAGGUGAACGUAAAGUACGAGAUAUGAUACAUCAGUUGCCAGUUACACUUGAGCAAUUGCACAAUGGUGCUGUAAAGAAACUCAAGCUUUCACGUAAUAUAGUUUGUCCGAAAUGUCAGGGUAUUGGGGGAACGAAGGGCUCUGUGGUUUCCUGUGACGUGUGCAAAGGUAGAGGUGUGCGAAUUGAAAUCACACAAAUUGGACCUGGUAUGGUGCAGCAAAUGCAAUCAACAUGUAACGUUUGCAAAGGGGAAGGUGAAGUUAUACCUUCAAAAGAUCGAUGUAAACAAUGUGAGGGGAAAAAAAAGAUUCGAAACGAGUCGUUGUUAGAAGUUCACAUUGAUAAAGGAAUGAAGGAUGGGCAAAAAAUACAUUUUUCAGGGCAAGGUGAUCAAGAAGUUGGGAUAACUCCCGGAGAUGUGAUAAUUGUUUUGGACGAGCAGCCACAUGAUACGUUUGUACGUAAAGGACAUAAUCUUGUAGUUCAAAUUGAUCUCGAAUUGGUGGAAGCUCUCUGUGGAUGUACGAAGUCAAUAAAAACUCUCGAUAAUCGCCAUCUCGUAUUUACAACACUUCCAGGUGAAGUGAUAAAGCAUGGAGAUAUGCGUACAAUCAUUGGCGAAGGAAUGCCUCAUUAUAAGAGCCCAUUUGAUAAGGGUGAUCUUAUAAUUCAGUUUGCGGUGCGGUUUCCGAAGAAUAUCAUUAAUGUUAACAAACUGAAAAAGUUAUUACCUAAUGGGAGUGAUCCGCUUGUGUCUGAUAAAGCGGAAGUUGUAGAAUUAGAAUUAAUUCAAGAUCAAGGCUCACGUCAUUCUUCUUCUUAUGAACAUGAGGGGCAUGGACCUCAAGGCGUGCGAUGUCAAACCCAGUGA